GGCGUUCCUCGGCGCCCUCUCUCGAACGCGCGCGCCGCAGUUGCUGCUGGAUACGACACUGCCCGCUGGUGUAAAGCUCGGACGGGUGGUAGCCGCAAAAUCCGCCGGGCUCGUCGUUGAACACGUCACCCUUUUUCUUUUCGCCGUCUCGAUCUUGGCCGCCAGCUGCUACGUGACCGCCGUCUUGACCCCCGGAUGCCCCCCCACUGGCGGCGCGACGGUCGUGCGGAGAGAGAGCGGGCGGGGAGAGGCCCGGGGCACGGGCGUUCUGGCCACGGAAGAGAGCAGGCGUACGUUGUGUACUACGCCCACGAUGAUGGUGGCUACUACGAAGACUACGGCGACUACGACGACGGAUACUUCUACGACGACGGCUACCACGACGCCGGGUACGCUCACUACGCCGGCGGUUGGGACAGCUACAACUACUCCUCAGGGUACGAAGACAGCCGUUCAUCUGACGGCGGCAUCCACUACGUCUACUACCCUCCCACUGGCGAAGAUUCGUUAUCCGAGCAGCCACGUCAGCCCCCCCCCGCGAGCAGCAGCAGCACCGCUUCCUCCUCGUCCUCUACUCCUUCUCCUGGCGCGCCUCCAUCUUCGGGCUACCUCCACCUCUGCAAGGCGCAAUCGGUGCCCCUAGGCAAGUCUCACCCCGAAGAUUUCUUUGGUGGGAUGGGAGUGACGAUUGGAGUAGAGUCGGCUGCGUCUGCAUCGUCAUUGCUGAGUGUGGAAUCUAGUGGCGGACCGCCUGGUAGCGAGAGGUGGGUAGCUGACUCAGGAGCCAGCAACAGUUUUACCAACAGCAGCCUGCACAUGUACGACCUGCAAGAGAUCCCCGCCAGUAGCAUUGAGGGGGGUGCUGAUUUUGACUUGGGUGCGGCCGCGCUUGGCCCUGGUGCGUCCCCGUUUGCUCUUGGUUCGACGGAAAAGUCCGUUGACAUUAACCCCUUCCACCGCUCCCUUGCCCAUGCUUGCGAGCCUCCGUUGACAGAAACUGCCCAGCAGAGAGGCAUCGUGCUCACGUUCAAGCUGGAACCGUGCACGGACUGGAUGCGGGCGAAGGGCAGGCGAGGGUCGGUUCCGCGGGGGCCGGGAGCGCGGGCGUCUAAGCCCCUCGGGCGUGUUCACCUGGACCUGUGUGGACCGCUGGUGCCUUCCGUGGGCGGCACCCUUUACCUGUUCGUCGCCGUGGACAGCGCCGCGCGGCUGCUGGCGGACGUGGGGCGGUACGACCUCGGGUGCAUCGAGUGUUUCCGCGUCGAUAACGGCACCAAAUGGACCCGCGGCGACUUCCGGCGCUUCUGCGACGACAACGGCACCGGUGUCGAGUUCACCCCGCCUGGCGGACCGUUCCGCGUGCUGCCGUUCUUCCAGCCCGGCUUCAUGCGUGAGGAUCGCCGCACCAAGCUCGACGACCAGGCCACCCUCUGUUACUACCUGAACGGCGGCGACAACCACCCGAGCGGCACCGUCAAGGUCCUCAAGGCGUCCACCGGCCGCGUCGUCUACACCAACAACGUGUCGUGGGUGACGUCGGCGCCAGCCGGCGAGGGGGGUUCCGCUGGACUCAUCUCGAUGCUAGACAAGAAUAGUCUGGUGUCGAUGCUGGAGGCUCGGAGUGCGGUGGAUAAGGAGCGCAGGGAGCUGGGGGGGGCGGAGGCCGGAGAUCCGGGGGGAGCGGGGGCCGAAGAGCAGGCGGGAGCACUCGCAGCGGUGGACCCGGGGGCUGGAGGAGCAGGCUUUCCACUCGCAUUUGCCACGCUCCUCGCCAACCGAGAAGACAUGGACGCCACGCUGCGAGACCAGCGCCCGCCGGAGCAACGCCCUGACCUUCCGCACUGCCAGGCCAGCGACCUUCAUGUUCCAAAGAGUUACAAAGAGGCCAUGGCGUCGGAGCACCGGCACCUGUGGAGCGACUCUAUGCAAAGGGAGUUUUUUGGCUUGUUGGAGCGGGGACCUUUACUUCCAGCGAAAAUGUUGGCUGCUUUGGCGUGCGAGUUGAACCUCGACUUGUGUCAUUUCGAUGUUGAGCAAGCUUUUGUGCGUUCGGAGUUGGAGGAAGACGUGUACAUGCGUUUGCCGCAGGGAUGUGGAGCUCUAUCAGGAAUGAUUGUAAAACUAGGCAAGAAUGACAUUUUUGCUGUGGAGAGAUUUGACAAGUUUAGCGCCGACCAUAACAAGUCCGUGCCAGUGAAGAACCUGGGAGAGUUGAGAUGGUAUUCUGGGUGCUUUUACGAGAGGAACAAGGAGACCGGUAGGUGGACGAUUUCUCAGCAGACUUUCACGGAUGAGCUAGCAACAGAGUAUGGAGUAGUGGGAGAGUAUGGAGUAGUGGGAGGUAGUUUAGGGUAUGCGAGGAGGACGAGUCACUUCGGUAUUUCAUUUCAGAGAGGUACGGUAGAGGGUUUCAGAUUGCAGGGAUACGCUGAUGCGGACUUUGCAAGCAAGGCAGCAGACUGUAGGUCGGUAUCAGGGGAGAUCGUCACGUGUGGAGGAGGCGCCGUGUCUUGGUUUUCCAGAACGCCGAAGUGUAUUACGCUUUCGACGACUGAAGCAGAGUACGUCGCGCUUGGUGGCGUAGAGAUCUUGUUUUUGAGGCAGAUUUGGCGUUUCAUGUUGCCGCAGCUCGGCAUGCCGUGCAUCCCGGUCUUCGAGGACAAUCAGGGGGCGAUUCAACUAGCGCAGAACCCCAUCUCAAACUCGAACUAGAAGCACAUAGAUGUAAGGCACUAUU